GCGUGGCUUGUGCUGUGGCGCGCCGGGAAGGCGGAAGCGGCUCCCGGGCCCCGAGUGGCGGGACCGGGGGUCCGGAGGGGCCAUGGCCGGGGCCGGCUGGGCCCCGCCGCGUCUCGACGAGUACAUCCUCACCGAGCCCCUCGGCUCCGGCACCUACGCCACCGUCUACAAGGCCUAUAGGAAGAGGGACACGCGUGAGGUGGUGGCCAUCAAGUGCGUCAACAAGAGGAGCCUGAACCGGGCAUCGGUGGAGAACCUGCUGACAGAGAUCGAGAUCCUCAAGACCAUCCGCCAUCCCAACAUUGUGGAGCUCAAGGACUUCCAGUGGGACGGUGACCACAUCUACCUGAUCAUGGAGUUCUGUGCCGGGGGGGACCUGUCCCGCUUCAUCCGGAUGCGCCGGAUGCUCCCCGAGAAGGUGGCACGCGUCUUCCUGCAGCAGCUCGCCUGCGCCCUGAAGUUCCUCCACGACCGCAACAUCUCCCACCUGGACCUGAAGCCUCAGAACAUCCUCCUGAGCGCCCCGGAGAACCCCCAGCUGAAGCUGGCAGAUUUUGGCUUUGCCCAGUACAUGUCCCCGUGGGACGAGAAGCACGUGCUGCGCGGCUCCCCGCUCUACAUGGCCCCCGAGAUGGUGUGUCGGCAGCACUACGACGCCCGCGUGGACCUCUGGUCCGUGGGCGUCAUCCUUUACGAAGCACUUUUUGGGAAGCCACCCUUCGCUUCCCGCUCCUUCGCCGAGCUGGAGGAGAAGAUCCGCAGUGACCGGGCUGUGGAGCUUCCCAGCCGGCCCCAGCUCUCUCUGGAAUGCCGGGAUCUCUUAGGACAGCUGCUGGAGAGGGACCCUCGGAAGCGCAUCUCCUUCGAGUGCUUCUUUGCCCACCCCUUUGUGGACAUGGAGCACGUCCCCGGCCCCGAGAGCCUGGGCAAGGCGACCGACCUGGUGGUGGAGGCGGUGAGGAAGGACCAGGAGGGAGACGCCGCUGCCGCUUUCUCCCUCUACCGCAAAGCCCUGGAGUAUUUCGUGCCAGCACUGCACUAUGAGAGCGACGUGCGGCGCAAAGAAGCCAUCCGGGCCAAGGUGAGGCAGUACAUCUCCCGAGCAGAGGAGCUGAAGGUGUUGGUCACCUCCAGCAACAAGAACCUCCUGGAGAAAGGAAACCCGGCCAGAGAGCUCCUUAAAGAGAUGGCCAAGGACAAACCUCGGCUCUGCGCGGCGCUGGAAGUGGCUUCGGCUGCCAUCGCCAAGGAGGAGGAGGGCAGGGAUGACAGUGACGCCCUGGAGCUGUACCAGCAGAGCCUGGGGGAGCUGCUGCUGCUCCUGGCCGCGGAGCCGGCGGGGCGGCGGCGGGAGCUGCUCCACGCGGAGAUCCAGACCCUGAUGGCCCGAGCCGAGUACCUGAAGGAUCAGAUCAAGAUGCGGGAGGCACAAUCCAUGGGCAAAGAGGCGCUGGCAGAGUCCGUCCGGAGCGCCUGUACCCUGCAGUGACUCCCAGAGCUGCCCGCGGGACGCUGCUCGCUGCCCUGCCAGGAGACGCCGGCGCCAAGGCAAGAAAAGGCUUCCGUCCCCCCCACCCCCAGGGGUGACACCUGGGGGUCACCCUGGGGCUCCCAGCCCGAGGGGGGGUCAGUGGGGCCAUCUGCCCCUCUCCCAUCGCUGGCUCAUUUCCCUGCCGGCCCUGCCUCGGCCGUCUGCUGCUGCAGCCUCCCCUGGCACAGCGGGCGGGUUAUUCCACUCUAAUUCCCUCCGCUGGCUCCACGGGAAGGGUAUUUUUAUCCUGGCACUGGGCUCUGGGAGCAGGACAUCCCCCCUGCUUUUUCAGCUGGGUGGUUCUCCCACCUCCCAAAUUCUGGGGGAGCCCACAAAUCCGGCCGGGAGCCGAGGGUGGGCAGGGAUGCUCCGCUGUGCCUUCCUAGCCCAGCAUCUACCUCUGCAUCUGCUGCUGCUUGUCCAGCCUCCAUCCAGCAGCCACUGCACUGGCCCAGCCCGGCCGUACCUCCCUGCUGGAGCACUGGGAAUGAGGCUUUUCCUUCCUAAACCUGGAGCCUGACAGGUUCUGGCUGCCUCAGCAGUGUCACGAGUGCUCAGCGGGGACCGACUGAGUCGGGCACGAGCAGCAGUCAGUCACCUGCAGGGAGGCACUCUCAGCACCCUGCCUGCCCUGCUCCACUCCUCAGGGCCCUGGCACCCCCAACAUCCAAAUCAUGCUCCCAGGAAUCAUUGUUACGGGGUGCUGAUGAUGCCUGUCCUGAAAAACAAGGUACUUGUCUCAAAAUCUGCUGUAUCUCAAGGGAAUGUAAUUUAUUGUCUUUAAUAAAUUUUAAUUUUGAUUUCUCCA